AUGGACGCCAUGGAAGAUCCACGACCGUGGCUGAUCAGACGGCUUUUACCCAAGCCCGAGUGGCACGUCGGACCCGGCAAAUUGGCUUCCCUUGCUUCGUGUCCCAUUCAACAAUAUGAGCCCAUCGACGACGAGACCCCCCUGGCAGAGAACGAUGAGAAGGCCCUUAGAAUCGAAAAUGAUCUCAGGGCGUUUGUCACGGAUGCUCUAGAGAACGGAUCCCGGCGUGUCUUCAAGAUCCCCGGCUUGAGUCUGCAGACCAGAGUGCGACUCGUCGGCCGCAGAAAACAGAGUGCAGAUCGGAACCCGGUGCUCACAUUGACCGUGGUGGUCAAAAUGAGGGACGAAAUACCACAAUCGAGAGCCAAUAUCAUCAUGACCAGCUCCUACCUCGAGACGUGGAGGUGGAUGAAGAGCAAGCAUCGCGACAAUAUCGUCUUGAACUUUGUUCGGGAAAGCGAUACAAGUAUCUCAGAGAAUCCCGACAACAAGUCUCGAUGGCUCUGCGACUGGAUUUCGAUCCCUGCCGGCCGGAAUGAAGGAGCUGAUGGUUGUCCAGAUUCAGAACCUGAAAGUCCUUGGUACCUAGACAGGAUUACAUGGAGAAAUCGUGGUCCACUGUGA